CUUCCGUCCGAUACUCCACUACCGUUCACUGAUGACUACACCCUCAGAGGACCCCAAUACCGCAACAGCAGCGCCUGUCACUAACGACUCGACUGAGACUCCUCAGAAGCUCCCCGCCCACGAGCGUAAGCGUUUGGCCCGCGAGGCCAAGGCUGCCGCCGCUGCUGCUAAGAAGGCCGAGCGUGAGGCUAAGAUGGCCGCACAGAAGGCGGCCAAGGCUGAUAAGGUCAGCGAUGAGGAUCUGGACCCCACUCAGUACCGGAACAACCGUUUGGGUGAACUCGACGCCAUCCGAGCCUCUGGCCGAGAGGCAUACCCUCACAAGUGGCCUGUUGAUUCCACUAUUGCUGAGGUUAUUCAGAAGUACACCGACCUUGAGGCUGGUCAGCACACCGGCGAUGUUGUUUGCUUAGCUGGCCGCGCUAUGUCCAAGCGUGAGAGCGGCAAGCAUAUGGUUUUCUACGAUCUCUGGGAGGAUGGCCAUAAGAUUCAGGUCAUGUCCGUCGCUCAAGAUUGGACCGGUGAUGUUGACUUCGCCACGGCUCACAAGGAGGUCCAUCGCGGUGACAUUAUCGGUGUUAAGGGUGUUGUCGGCAAGUCCAAGCGUGGUGAGCUCUCUAUUUUCCCUUCGGAGAUCCGCCUUCUGUCCACCUGCAUGCAUAUGCUCCCUAAGGCCCAAUUCGGCCUCAAGGACCAGGAGGUUCGCUUCCGACAGCGAUAUCUCGAUCUCAUCAUGAACCCUCAUGUGAGAGAGACCUUCCAAAGACGAUCUCAGAUCAUCGGCUAUAUUCGCAGUUUCCUGGGUAACCGUGGCUUCAUGGAGGUCGAGACUCCCAUGAUGAACAUGAUUGCCGGUGGUGCUUCGGCCAAGCCCUUCAUCACUCAUCACAACGAGCUCGAUCUCGACUUGUACAUGCGUAUCGCUCCCGAGCUCUACCUCAAGAUGCUCGUCGUUGGCGGCCUUGAUCGUGUUUUCGAAAUCGGCAAGAACUUCCGUAACGAGGGUAUUGAUCUUACUCAUAACCCCGAGUUCACCUCGUGCGAGUUCUAUAUGGCUUAUGCUGAUUACAACGAUCUCAUGAACAUGACUGAGGAGAUGAUCUCUGGCAUGGUGAAGUCAAUCUUCGGCACCUAUAUGGUUACCUUCCACCCUGAGGGCCCUGAGGGUCCCGCUAAGGAGAUCAACUUCGCUCCUCCAUGGAAGAGAGUGUCCAUGGUCGAGGAGAUUGAGCGCCAAGCCGGUGUGUCUCUCAACCGCGACUUCGCCGCCGAGGAAGCCCGGCAGCAGUUGGACGACUUAGCGACCAAGUUCGAUGUGGAAUGCCCUGCUCCCAGGACUUCCGCUCGCCUUCUCGACAAGCUCUGCGGGUUCUUCAUUGAGGACAAGAUUGUGAGCCCCACCUUCAUUACUGAGCAUCCCCAGAUCAUGUCGCCUCUCGCCAAGUGGCACCGAUCCAAGCCUGGUCUCACAGAGAGGUAA